CCCUUCUCCUUCUCCUCUUUCUCCACGCACGCAGCCCUCCCUCUUCACCUGCCAAUUUCUUUACUUUUUCCGUCCGCCCAUCAGACCAGCCACCGCCGACCAUUACGUCUUCGCCGCUGCAGGUGUUCGUGCAUCAUUUCCGUCGCAUCCGACAAGUCGAAUGUCCGAUUCUUCAACCGCCACUCUCGUCCGCGGUUUCGACUGGUUGCGCCGCUGCAGCCGCGUCUCCCCCACUCGUCGGAGUUGGCCUUCUUUUGAGGUUUCGCCGGAAUUCCAAGAGCUUGCCGACGACGCCAACAAUCACUCGCUAUUCUUUAGCAAGCCGAUUCGCCGUUAGUUUCAUUCUAUUCCAACCUUCUCUUAUCAGAUCUAAGAUUUGGGAUUUGGAAUCUUGGGAGAUUUUUGCUGCUGUCCAACAUUUAGUAAUCUGGGCAUUUUCACACGACUUAGAUUUAGAGAACUUGGAAGCAUUGAUCAACACGGUUGAGGUUGUUUUAGAUGAGUUGGGAAUGUGGUGAUAACGGAAGACGAAAUGGAUAUUGGAACAGGAAGAUUAGUUGAGUGAAGGGAUUUCAUUUUGAGGAUGCCAUAUAAAUGUUGAUUUUUUUUCUACCUGCAUGUCUUGUUAUUCCACAAAUGAGAAGUUGAGAUAGUACUUAUGGAUAGCGAGUUACAGAGAUCAUUUUCUUCAAGAAUAAACCGUAGAGGGGAGCGAAAUAUUCAAAAUCUGCAUGCUAGAGAUGUUGAAGGAGGUUUCGUUUCUCCUGAAAAAUUGCCUUCAGACCACCCAAUGAAGAUAGUAUGGAAGAAGGGGUUUAUUCGAUUGUUUCUUGUGGGUGGAAUUUUAUGGAUGUUGCUGAUUCUCACUGCCUCCCUCCUUCAUGUUUGGUCUUGCCGUUCUUCUAUCACUUUUUUCUCCGCUAUUUGUAAUAAAGAAAGUAAGGUUUUCACGAUCUUAGACUCAAUGGGAAUAAUGGCAAAGGCACAACACCGUUGUUCAAUUCCCUUGAUGGAUGAAGCUGAUAAAGUAGUUAUCCCAAAAGGAAGAACUCCUGAUGAAAUUGUCAAACGACUUGUCUACAUCACUGAAGCUGAGUACUCAAUAAAUGGAUCUCAAAAAUCGCCACUGUUUGGAGGACAUCAGAACUGGACACAAAGAGAGGAAAGCUUUAAACUAAAACCAACCAUGAAGGUGCAUUGUGGUUUUAUGCGAAAUGGUGGGGCUGAAAUGGUUCCUGCUGAUAUCAAGUAUGUUAAGAAGUGUAGGUUUGUUGUUGCCUCAGGAAUUUUUGAUGGAUAUGAUGUUCCUCGACAGCCUUCGAAUAUAAGCGUUCGUUCUAAGGAUCUAUUCUGUUUUCUUAUGGUGGUGGAUGAGAUUUCUAUGCAAUUUAUAAGAGAAAACGUUACUGUUGAGGAAGAUAAUGAUGGAGGAAAAUGGGUUGGUAUCUGGCGCCUUGUUUUACUAAAGUAUCCACCCUAUGAUGAGCCAAGAAGAAAUGGAAAGGUUCCAAAGAUAUUAACUCAUCGGUUAUUCCCACAAGCACAGUAUAGUAUCUGGAUCGAUGGUAAAAUGGAGUUGAUAGUAGACCCUUUGCUCAUUCUAGAAAGAUACUUGUGGCGUGGGAAGCAUUCCUUUGCCAUUGCUCAACAUAAGCAUCACCAUAGCAUCUACGAAGAGGCCGAUGCUAAUAAACGAAGGAAACGAUAUGCACGCCCUCUUAUCGACCUUCACAUGAAAAUUUACCGAUAUGAAGGAAUGGAGCCAUGGAGUCCAGAAAAGAAAACCGUUAGUGAUGUUCCAGAAGGAGCCAUCAUUAUAAGGGAGCAUACAGCAAUGAGUAAUUUGUUUAGCUGCUUGUGGUUCAAUGAAGUACACAUGUUCACACCAAGAGACCAACUGAGUUUUGGGUAUGUGGUAUACAGGCUAGGGGAUUCUUUCAAGUUCUUCAUGUUUCCAAAUUGCGAGUAUUACUCGCUUUUUAUUUUGCACCCACAUACAAGAGAACACUCUUCUUUGAUAGAGUGGGUUAAAGAUUGGGAUCAACUUAAGGGGAAUAUGAGCAAUAUGAAAGAGUAUAAACAAUGGAAGCAGCGUAACGCAUCAACUAGUUUGAUAGAGACUAGGGGAGGAUUAGGAUUGUGGACUCCUUACCCUGGAAACCUUGAUUCAGUUGUACUUCCAACUGUGGUAAGAUCAUCAAAAGCAGGUUGAAUAAUAUUGUUUGCCAACUGGAAAGAAAAGAAUCUUCCAGUUUUCUGUAAUAUUUACCUGACAAAUUCUUGAGGGGAAGGAUGAAGAAAUUUUGUCCUCAUAGUUCCUACUUCCCAUAUAUUCAUAAUAGACUUGCUACCACUAUCUGUGGCUCUACUUUAAAGGGGUAGUGAAUGCUAUUGAUUUUUUUGGAUCCA